GAACGCAAGCAGAGCCACGCGACAAACAAAAGAGGCGCAGGUAGAUGCUGCACUAACUGACAACUGCAACGUGAGCGUAGUGCAAUCAAAGUAGACUUCACUUCCAGAAGAUCAUUCUGACUGUAGGAUUCAGAAUUAGGCUUACGCACGCCGUGACAGGAUCAGCGAGGACGCUGCUGUAAGGUUCUGAAGCACGACUAUAACCGUCUUUGGCGUUUGAUAUGGAGCUGGAGCACUUUGACGAGCGGGACAAAGCCCGGAGAAACUCGCGUGGGGGCUCACGACCAAACGGCUACCACAGUCCGACGCACAGCGCCCACUGUAGCCUCUACCGCACGCGCACCCUGAAAGCGCUCAUCUCGGAGAAGAAGGCUAGGAAGGUCCGCUUCUACCGCAACGGGGACCGCUACUUCAACGGGAUCGUGUACGCCAUCUCCCAGGACAGAUUCCGGUCGUUCGACGGCUUGUUGGCAGACCUGACCCGCACUCUGUCCGACAAUGUCAACCUGCCACAGGGUGUUCGGACCAUCUAUGCCGUCGAUGGAAGCAAAAAGAUCACCGGCAUCGAUCAGCUGGUUGAAGGUGAGAGUUAUGUCUGCAGCUCCGUCGAGCCAUUCAAAAAGCUCGAUUACACCAAGAACGUCAACCCAAACUGGUCUGUGAACCUGAAGGCUUCCGGAAUGUCCCGGGCCCCGCCCUCGCUGGCCAGCACCAAGGCCGUUUCCCUGGAGACCAAGGAGGCCAAGGACUUCAUCCGGCCCAAGCUGGUGACCAUCGUGCGCAGCGGUGUGAGGCCACGCAAGGCCAUCCGCAUCCUGCUCAACCGGAAGACCGCCCACUCCUUCGAGCAGGUCCUCUGCGACAUCACCGACGCCAUCAAGCUGGACUCCGGCGUCGUCAAGAGGCUCUACGCCCUGGACGGGAAGCAGGUGACGUGCCUGCAGGAUUUCUUCUGUGACGACGACAUCUUCAUCGCCUGCGGCCCGGAGAAGUUCCGCUAUCAGGACGACUUCCUGCUGGACGAUAGCGAGUGCAGGGUGCUGAGGUCUACCCCCUAUGGGAAGCUCUCCUUGCAUGGCCGGGCGUCUCCCAAAAGCGCCGGGACCUCCCGGAGGAGCAAGUCUCCGGUGUCUGCCAGCUCAGUGAACGGGGCCCCUGGCAGUCAGCUCUCUACACCUCAGCCUGAGAAGUCCCCCUGCCCCUCCCCCAUCAGCCCCACCUGCUCCCCAAAAUGCAAGGAGUCUCAGGAAGCAGGCUCCUCCCUCUCCACCAAAGUCUGCAGCUCAUUGGACGAAGGCGAUGCCACAGGAAGUGAAGCAGAGGAGCCCCAGGUGCCUGCCUCCAUCGCGGAGCGGUACAAGGUGGGCCGGACCAUCGGAGACGGGAACUUCGCCGUGGUGCGAGAGUGCGUGGAGAGGUCCACCGGGCGGGAGUACGCCCUCAAAAUCAUCAACAAGGGCAAGUGCAGAGGCAAGGAACACAUGAUCCAGAACGAGGUGUCGAUCCUCCGGCGGGUGAAACACCCAAACGUGGUGCUGCUGAUCGAGGAGAUGGACACCUACGGAGAGCUCUACCUGGUCAUGGAGCUGGUCAAGGGGGGCGACCUCUUCGACGCCAUUACCUCCACCAACAAGUACACAGAGCGCGACGCCAGUGGUAUGCUGCACAACCUGGCCAACGCCAUCAAGUACCUGCACUGCCUUAACAUCGUCCAUCGAGACAUCAAGCCAGAGAACCUGCUGGUUUACGAACACCAAGACGGUAGCAAGUCCCUGAAGCUGGGCGACUUUGGCCUGGCCACAGCGGUGGACGGGCCCCUUUAUACUGUGUGUGGGACGCCUACCUAUGUAGCACCAGAGAUCAUCGCUGAGAGCGGGUACGGCCUGAAGGUGGACAUCUGGGCGGCUGGCGUCAUCACCUACAUCCUCCUCUGCGGCUUCCCUCCAUUUCGGGGGAGUAGUGAAGACCAGGAAGUACUCUUUGAUCAGAUUCUUCUGGGACAACUAGACUUCCCAUUACCAUACUGGGACAAUGUUUCAGACAGUGCCAAGGAGCUGAUUCAGUCGAUGCUGCAGGUGGAGGUAGAUCAGAGGUACACGGCUCUACAGGUCCUGCAGCACCCCUGGGUCAAUGACGGGGGUCUGCCGGAGAACGAGCACCAGCUGUCCGUCGCCGGAAAGAUCAAGAAGCACUUCAACACCAGCCCCAAACCGGACAGCACCACAGCUGGGGUGUCCGUCAUUUCCCUGGACCAUGACUUUGCCAUCCAGAGAUCCGGCUCUCUGGACUACUACCAACACCCGGGAAUGUACUGGAUAAGACCCCCGCUCUUGAUAAGGAGGGGCCGGUUCUCCGAUGAAGACGCCACCAGGAUGUGAGAACCCCUGCGGACACCGAGCCCAACCGAACGGCCUCUGUCCCCCCUCCCGCCCCCCCCCCCCCCCGCUGCGGCCCGGGACGCCACACUCCUCCCCCCCUCUCCUGACUCACCCUUCCAGAACACUGGACUGUACCCCGCCAGUGGGUAGAAAGGGAUGAAUGAAGGAAUAAAAGGGGGUGAUGGGGUAAAGGGUGGCAGGAGAGGGGAGAGAGGGAUGAAUGAAAGACUGAUGGAACAGGGGGAGAAUAGAAACGAGGGACAAGGGGAGGGAACUGGAAUAAAGAAGAAGGAAGCGGACAGGAGAACUAGAGAGGAGAGAGUGAUGAAGGAACUGCGUCUAAUUCUAAAACCUCGCUUUACUACACCCAGCACAACGGUGCGAACGGAAUUCAAAUCACCUGGGAUGUUUUCCUCUCAACAUCACUGUGUCGGGAUGCCACUGAUUUACACAUUUAUUUAUUUCAUAUUUUACCCGUUCAUUUUAUAUUUAUUGUAAAUGUUUUCAUGUUUUUAUAAACUGGAGAAUGGUGGUGAGUAACGUGACGCGGUAUUCGUUUUGUCCGUUAGUGUGUGAUGGAGUCUUGGCGACUGGCUGCAGAUCUUUAAGCACUCAAACGUCAAGUUUAUUUUUAGCGUUUGUCAUUUUUCAGCGUUCGUAAAUGUUUCAUACGCACUGAGUAGCGGUUUGUGAAAACUUUCCCUUUCAAAGGGAGUUUGACAGCUGGGUCUUGAAGCAGGCUUGCCAACUUUUGUGUCGGCCAGGAAAAGGCGAAUUGGUGCGAAUCUAUCCAACCCUUCCGUUAUGAAACCUUAUUCAUAGAAAUCACCACCCAACUGACAGCAACAUGAAAUCUUCUCUAAACCCGUCGAUAUCGCUACAUUACAGGUAAAGAGAAUAGACGGAUCGUCUCUCGCGAUGAAUUGGGUGUUAAAACGGGAAUCUCGGCGUGCGGCUGCUUUGUAAAUAAUAUCCGAUUUAUUUUAAUAGGUAAUACAAGUAUUUAUACGACUUCAAAACACCGCCUUUAGAGAAAGGGAAAAACGAAUAGGCCUACCUCCAUACAAAACUGUCACAGUUAAACUACUAGCCUAUUUACCAUUGCCUACGCCUGCGGUGAUACCUCAUUAAUAAGAUCUCAUGUGUAGCCCCGAGCAGAAUUCACGGAUGAGCACGGGUGGACAGAUAUGCCUACCGUAGCGACUUCUAAAUGCGUCCCCUAAAGCGAUGGAUUAAAGAGUAGGCGAUAUAAAACCUGCUGUGCCCAGUCCUUUAACAACCUUAACUAGCUUCUGUCCGUACGGACUGGCAGUCCAGUCACGGAAAAUAUUCAAUAUUAACCGACUUUAAACAAGUGUGCAGUCGGUGGCCCUGUUUUACUUGUGUAACUGCCUUUGUUGUGAAGUGUCAAGUGGAGAAAAAACAAAACUAUUUAAACUGUAUUGUAGGCUACGUGUGUCAUGCCGAGCGCCAUCACAUUAUGUCAUCUCAAAAAGUGCGAUUAUAUAACUGUAAAUACUGUAAUUACCACAGCGCUACUGUUCCGUGUCCAGUAGGCUACACAUGCAUCGCUUCGACCCCCUUCACUCUUCGUAUACCGACAUAGGCUAACUCGCACAACAGAGUUAUUCUUUUUAAGACGUGCCACUUAAUCCGCAAUGUACCAAAAGUUUGGUCUACAACAACAAACGCUGUGACAUAAGCUAACACCAUCGUCGCCGAGCGAAGAAGGACAAACGGAAGAAUUAUGAUUCAGCAGGUACGGUGUUUUGAUUUAACGUUGUGGGGAGAAACGUUUUCUUCAAGUUGUGGAGGGGCUUAAUUUAAUGACAGGUGCUAGUAGAAUGCCGAUGGAGAUUUUGAUGAUGCGCUUGGAUUGUGACAUUGAAUGAAUGGAUGCUUUUGUAGAGUUUGGUACACAUGUAGCAUUUUUUUAAACUUGCGAAGAUAACCGGAUGUUUUUGUCCCUCUCGUAUACGGAGGGUAAUAUUUUGUAUGUAUGGGUGUACAGUUUGUGUGUACAGUAUGUUCAAGGAUGUAUGAACUGUUAAUUAUUUGAGCGAACUACUGUUGUAUUGAGUCGACAGAGAGGAAGGCCUACGCAGCGUGUAUUUCUAAUGAGAAUAUUUACAGUGUUCGCAAGUGCUGAACACGACUUGAGAAUUUGCUGCAAUAAAGUCAAGGUACAGUACUUGUUUUGUUCCAAAUGUUGAUCAAAUAACCCAAAAGCAUUGCUCGACUUAAAAAUAAUGCAACUAUUUAAUCCGAUUACAAAUGAACAAUAAAGUAUCUUUGGUGAAAUUAA